AAAUCUCCAUAGUAACCAACACAUUAUAGCAACUGACGACCGACUCAUGACCACAAACCACUAUUUGAUCGAAAAUCUUGUUGGAUUUUACGAGUGAAGAUUUUGAACCUAUACUUCUGGUUUCUUACCAAGGUUUCUGUACGAAAGACGAGGUGUUUUGAUGAAUAAACUAACACAAAAAUCAGAGUUGGGAGGAAGAUUAGGUUGAGCUCGGUAAGAUUCUCAAGAUUUGUAGAGAAUGCCGUCCAGAUUGAAAUGCCUCGCAAAACCGAAGAAAAAUUUUGCAGCCUGGGUGACAAGGCACAGCUCGAUGGAUUGGAGCAACCAGACAUUGAUGCGACCGAUUUCCAAAGCAGCAUUACACGCCAACCCAACACCACGCCUAGAACAACUCGCAACUCCCAAAAAGAACUUCCAGUUGGAGAAUCCAGAAUGUUGUCACAGGGAGCAGUUUGUUUACAGCUGUGGACGUGCAUCAGUCAUUUGGAAAACACCUCCACUUAGGCAGAAACAAAAAUAACAUCAAGCAAAACAUGUGCAAACAAUUUUCAAAUUUCAAAAUUUCAAGCAUUUAAGCAGACUAAAUAUGCUGCAAUUUUAGAUCAUUUGUUGGAUUUUGCUCUUUCUAGACAGUGUGUGCUACGGGAUAUGAUACUUGAAUGAAACUUGUUUCCUCUCCUCCUGGUAAUAUCGCGCAAAAAUCUUAAACUGCGUUGCGAAUGCUGCAAAAACUGCAGCCUGUAACGACAGCUUAACUUGAACAGUUAAAGAGAACAGAUAACAGUGUGUUGCUUCUUUUACAUGAAAUUAUUGAAUAUGACUAAACAAAUGAACUAAAUAUUAUUUAGCUUUAAUCUUUUCAAUUCAUUGUUAAAUAACAUAACACCUUCAUUGAUCCCUUUUUGGGCGUGUUUUUUUUCAUUCCAGAUCACGGGUCAUUCUCUUGAGUAAUAUUUUUUCCCUUGUAUAAAUUCUUGAAAAUAUACAAAGAAACUUGUUUUGAAAAGAUCUCAAAUAGGUAAACAUUAUACGGCCAAAGUGAAAGUAAAGGGUCUAUAGAAUCCCUACCCUGGAAUGAGAACCUGGAAAAGGAAUUUACUAUUAUUAAAAUUUCCAUCUACAAUAUACCCAUAAAUAAUAAAUCCUCUAGCUAAUAAUUCUUUUGUCACUCAUAAUAACUGUUUUCUUACAAUCUACUAUAGUACACCAAUCUUUUCUAUUGAUUUUUAUCGCAUAAAAAUUUACAACAAUAUUCAUGACGGUUUUGUAUGUAUAGUGCCAUUGAAACUGAACACGCCUUGUUUGACGCCCAACAAAACCUAUUUCGUCUCGAAUUGUACAAUUUUGCGCGUAUGCUUUGGGGAGUAUUAUAAAAAAUCAGAGGCAAAAUACAA